CGUACAUGUGUAAACUAGUGUGUAGUGUGGCAGAAUAUGACGUGUUGCGCUAGUUGGCAGUCUGCUGAGUAAUGGACGAGGUGAUCAUCCAAGACGAGGGGGUUAAGAGCCCUCAUCCUUGUUAAUGUCUUUUUGCCUUCUAUUCUAGUUCUUGCCCGAUUGGAGUUGAGAGAUGUCUCUAGGUUGAGGAGUAGAUACUAGUACGUCGAGGUGCCGCCCACGAUCUAGUUCACGGAUUUGAUCUUAUUGAUGAACCCUAACCAAGGAAAUCCUAUGAGAGAAUCCUUGUAUGAAGGUCAUUGGCUCUAGACUAUCACCAGUGGGCCUAAACCGGGGGCAAUAUGAUGUCAAAAUAGCUGCUUCUAUGGUGUUCGUGGUCGAGGGGCCAUGGCUACAUCCUCCUUUGUUGGGACGAAGCGCCGAAAUAUUUCUUGGAGGUAGCCAGAGUGUUUGCUAUAGGUGGCCGGAGCGUCUGUGUUAUUCAGAGGUUAAGCCUCAUCAAAAUACUUAGCCGACAUGUAUUUGUGAUCGCCUUAUGGUUGAGGAAUGCUUCGUUCUAGACUAGUGGUGUGUCAGGUGGCGCAAUCUAAGUUGUUGGAAGUUCAGUAGACGCAUCGAUUGAACUGAGGGGCAACCGGCGUGUUGACGUUGUCUUGAGUUUGAUGUUGUCUUCAUUACUUCACCUAUAAAUACCCCUCUCCGAAGUUCAUUUGUGUUUGACGCAAGGUGCUGCCAAUUUUCGUAGAGAAUGAAACUUCUUGUCAUUCUUCACUCACCUUCAAAUCUUCAAGUUGAGUUCUUCGCCCAAUUCUCACUACUUUCAUAUAUUUUGCUAUUAGAGUUGUAGAUUUAGUGUUUAGAUGAGAAUUUCUUUUAGAUCCAUAAUGAGAUGUCUCUAGUUGUUAGUGCAUUGUCAAUCAGUAUGCCGUCGAGGUGCCUUCUAUCCAUAAUGAGAAUUGCUCAAAUCUUCUCAUCAUCUUGCUGAACUCUGGGGAGUGUGAUCACUGUUAUGUGCACCACUGGGGAUGCAUGUCCUCACGCUAGGGUACAAGAGCUGGACGGGCAACGUGCUCUCCCUGUCGAUGGGGUACUUAAGAGCGUUUACCUUUUUCAUUUUCAAGGGCUUGAGGUUUCCGUUACACCCCUCCCUAGUGAGGUACUUCGAAUUACGGGUCUUCGACCGACCAAGUUGUUUAGGAAAUUCCUUCUUCUUCUUGCAUCAAUAGUGGAGUUCUUCCAUUUUGCUAUUUUGGAAAAUGGGGUAUCGUACCUAUUUAAAAAUGAAAAUACAACUCGGAUACCCAUUUUAAAA